UCUCAAAUCACAAAUCUUUCAAGUUUCAUAUUCUCUCUUUCAAUCUCUCUCUCUUUCUGAUUUUUCAAAAAUUUUAAAAUGGCACGAACAAAGCAAACUGCUCGUAAAUCAACAGGAGGAAAGGCACCAAGGAAGCAGCUGGCAACAAAGGCCGCCAGGAAAUCCGCACCCGCAACCGGCGGAGUCAAGAAGCCACACAGAUUCAGGCCUGGAACCGUCGCUCUCCGUGAAAUCAGGAAGUACCAAAAGAGCACCGAGCUUCUCAUCAGGAAGCUUCCUUUCCAGAGGCUUGUGAGGGAAAUCGCUCAGGAUUUCAAAACGGAUCUCCGUUUCCAGAGCUCUGCUGUUGCCGCUCUUCAGGAAGCGUCCGAGGCGUAUCUGGUUGGACUGUUUGAAGACACGAAUCUGUGUGCGAUUCAUGCUAAAAGAGUCACUAUCAUGCCUAAGGAUAUGCAGCUUGCUCGUAGGAUUCGUGGUGAAAGAGCUUAGAUCUGUUUCUAUAUGUUUUUGGUUUCCGUUCAAUGAACUAAUUGUAUGGCAAUCGUAUCCUUUAAAUUAGUUAAUUAGAUUUGUAUUUUAAUGUUGCUCAUAUGAAUCUCAUUGAAAGCUUUGUUAUAUUUA